ACAGAUAACAUCUGUGGGCGACGGCCACAUCGAUGUGAGAUUUUGUAUUUUUGGAAUAAAAAGGUUACUUAGAAAAAAGGCAGUCCAAGAUCUACAUAUUAAUGAUGAGAAAUAAAAGCAGCUAGCAAUAUGGUGGAGGUCCAGCCUGAAGGUCUGCUGGAGUACAUCAUAAUCCAGCACCGAUGGGUGGUAGUCCUCCUAGCGCUGCUGCCCAUGUCCGGCCUCUGGAAGCUCUGGUCCGUCCUCAGGAACUAUGUCGUCUUCAAGAUGAGCAGCGCGCCCAAGCUGCACGACAAGAAGGUCAAAGAUGUCCAGAAUCAGGUGAAACAAUGGCUGGCCGGCGACCGCAGCAGCCACAUGUGCACGGCGCGCCCGACGUGGCAGACUAUGUCCUUCCGACAGGGCAUCUACAAGAACACCUUCACCAAUAUCCGCGUCAACCUGGUGGACAUACUCGAGGUCGAUACGAAAAAGAUGACUGUUCGCUGCGAGCCCCUAGUGUCCAUGGGUCAGCUGUCCCGCACGCUGCAGCCCUUGGGUUUGGCAUUGCCCGUGGUGCCCGAGCUGGACCAGCUGACUGUAGGGGGCCUGGUCAUGGGCACCGGGGUGGAAACCUCCUCUCAUGUCCACGGCUUGUUCCAGCAUAUUUGCCUUCAGUACGAGCUGGUUCUUGCAGAUGGUUCUGUCCUCACGUGCAGUAAGGAUGAGAAUCCGGAUCUAUUUUACGCUGUUCCGUGGUCCUACGGAACUCUGGGAUUCCUGGCUUCAGUUGUGAUUCAAGUUAUACAAGCAAAAAAAUACGUGAGAGUUCAGUAUGAGUCCUACACGAAUAGCAAGGAGCUGGCAGCCCGCUUCAGUGCGGAGUCGCUGUCUCCUACCCCUCACCAGUUCGUGGAAGCACUGAUGUUCAGCAGGGACAGCGGGGUCGUGAUGACUGCCGACAUGGUGGACGAAAUCGGUCCUGAUGGCAUUUACAACCCAAUCGGCAGGUGGUACUCGGAGUGGUUCUUCAAGAAAGUGGGGAAGCACCUCCAAAACUACAUCUACGGGUUCAAGCGGCCCGUGGUGGAGUACAUCCCCCUAAGAGAUUACUACCACAGACAUUCCAAAAGUCUGUUCUGGGAAGUCCAGGACAUAGUUCCAUUCGGCAACAACUUCGUCUUCCGCUUGCUGUUCGGCUGGUUGAUGCCGCCAGAAGUGUCUCUGUUGAAGCUGACGCAACCCGAGGCCAUCGCCAGACUGUACGAGAAGGCACACGUGCUGCAGGAUAUGCUGGUGCCCAUCGAGUGUCUCAAAGACGCCGUCAAUAAGUUCCAUCAGGAGUUUGAGGUGUAUCCUCUGUGGCUGUGCCCGUUCAAGGUGCGCAAUGAGCCGGGCAUGCUGCGGGUAAAGGACGGUCGAGACUCACAGAUGUUUGUCGACAUCGGCGUCUACGGUGUACCCAAAGCGAAGGGCUACGAAACUGUUCCAUCGACCCGGCGCAUCGAGCAGUUCGUGGCAGAGCACCGCGGCUUCCAAAUGCUAUACGCUGACACGUACACGACAAGAGAAGAGUUCCGAAGCAUGUUCGACCAUACCCUGUAUGAUAAGGUCCGGGAUUCCCUGCCACACUGCAAGGAAGCCUUCCCAGAGGUUUACGGGAAGGUGAACCGGAAUGUAAGAAAGUGAUUUUUUUUAAUGAGAAUAAAAUGUUUUGUUUUAUGCAUUUUUCA